AAAAAGCUACACAAUGGCGAGUUUGGAAUACCAUUGAUGUGACAUAUUUUAUUGAAUCUUUCAUCGAAAAGUUAAUUUUCAUUUCAAUAAUCGGCAAAAAAGUGGACCUCGUAAAUCUAUUUUUCACCAGAAGUCGGAAAACUGUGAAGAUGAAUAUCUGAAGUUAGGAUUAGUGCGGUAGACGAGUGCAGAAAAAAAGUGUUCGGUGUUCAAGAUAUGGUGAAAAUAUUUUUUCACGGCUCGGUUUGAUCGCGGGCGAAAUGACCUUAUAAGAAAAUCGGAAAUUACGGUAUUCUACUGGCAAUCGACAACAGUAAAUUUCGGUAGUGUUUCCUCCCGUGCUCGGGGAGGAACUUGAACUGCCCUAGUUAGUGACUUACGGCACUGGCCGAAUCUCCAGAAUCCGAAGUGUUUCUUCGAAAAGUAAAAAAUAGGUAGUUGGUGUUGUGCAAAAAAGAAAUGUUCGAGCACAGAAUACUAACUUCACAAAAUGGUAGCAGCGGAAAUUGAUGUCGUUGUCAAAUUCUGCAUGAAAAUACUUCUUUCUGCCAAAGACGAUUAAGUACUGAAGUAAGUGCUUGCCAUAUACACGCUAAUAAGGAUCCAACAUUUGGAUAGGAUAUAUCUCUCGACAACACAUUAUUAGAAAACGUAGUGUUGAAUCUGUGAUAGUCUGGCUCAGCAGCACCCACACAACGUUCAUCGACGGGGGAUUCUGAAUUCCGUCCGCUGUGCGAGUCAAGAGCCCCUCCAGUUUUUCAUUCCCCAGAAUUCCUCAUCUCACUCCGGACGAAUACUGUUAAAAUCCAACUGAUUUCAUCCGAGAUGAUCAUGAAGAGUAGUUCUAAGAGUCCUACCAUCACGGUGUUCCGAUUACGAUCGGAUCGAAUGAUGCACGGCAACAACAUUCCGAUGCUGUUCAUCCGUGAAUGGAAUGGAGAAAAAUCGAUUGCAAAGCAUGCCCCAACCACCGUAAGGAAAUGUGCAACUACUGGUUCGCAACCGGACACGGUAGCCGCUGUCCCUUACGCGAACAAGUCUGACUAUAUCUAUUUGACACAAUCAACCGACAGUCGCUGCGGAAGCAGCAACAUGUUGGUCACAAGAUUUCCAUUGGAUGACCUCGGCGCCACCCAGGCACUCGUAAGCCAUAUUACCGAGCUGAUGCGAAUUACUGAUACUGUGACUAUGAAAUGUGAUUUUAAUGCUUACCUGAAUAAUGUUAGUAUUAGUCGUAAUCUAGCACUAAAUGAAAGUACUAAUUUAAGCCGAUGUCGGGUACGAGCGAGCAGCGAGUUGAAAUCUGUCAGUGUACCACCGCAUGGUAGACGCAGCUCGUAUACGAAGUUCGAUGACAUGUUGGCAAUGGUAUCCAACGAAAAGGCACUGUUGAGACGUGUCAUACUUGAAUCUCGUGGACGGUCACUACCACGUUUGCGGCUGUGCGGCGGGGGUGAAGAUUCGAUUAACAACGGUACCAGUGCAUGGGGUACUCCUCCUGGGGCCACCAAUGGUACCAGUGCUUGGGGGUUAGCAAAUCAACAACCGCCACAAGCUUGGGCAGGGACGGCUGCUAAUAACAGUGCAAACAACAACAACAACAACAACACUAACAACAAUCAACAACCAACCAGUCAAACUCAACGGCAACAGGCACCAUCACAGCUACAGGAUCAGAAUGCCAACAAAGCACAACAACAGAAUCCCAAUGGUAACAGUAGCAAUACGCCGAAUGCUUGGAAUCGCAAUCCAACUCAACCGACUGGUGGUCUCAAUCCGAACAUUGCCAAUAAUAAUGGUCAGCCAUCACAGCAACAACAACAACAACAACAGCAGCAGCAGCAACAGCAACUGGUCUUGGCCAACAACGGGCCGAUAGCGGCUAAAAGUCAAUUGGAACAGUUAAGCAACAUGCGAGAAGCUUUGUUCAGUCAAGAUGGUUGGGGUUAUCAGCAUGUCAACCAGGACACAAAUUGGGAGGUACCCGGCUCGCCGGAACCGGGAAAGGUCGAUACCAAUAAUGCGGCCACCGGUGGAGCACCCAAUCCUACAGCAACCGGUUGGAAACCGUGCAAUUUGAACAACGGAACCGAACUAUGGGAAGCCAAUCUGCGUAACGGUGGUGCACCGCCACCUCCACAACCGGUGCAGAAGGCACCCUGGGGUCCAUCGACCAACAUCGGUGGGACUUGGGGAGAAGAUGACGACUCGGGUGAGGCGACUGUGUGGAACGGUGCCUCCGGAGCGAAUCAACCGGCGGCUGCACCUCAAGCUUGGGGUCAAAAUAAUCCGACGGUGUGGCCACCGGGAGCUACACCCGGUCCCAAUCCGGUCGCUGUCAAGAAAGAACAAGAGUGGUCUGGUGUGAUUGGUGCUAAUACAGGUGCCACAACUCCCGUUCAACCGGCUGUUACCGGCUGGGAUACCCGUGGUGGAUCCGCUCCACCGGUAAACAUCACCGGUUCCGUUGGACAAACCACACCAAUCGAAGCGGCAAGGGAAAUUCGCGGAGACCCACGGGGCAUAUCGGGACGACUCAAUGGUAAUGUCGGAAUGUGGGAUCAACCCAACGUUCAAAAUUUGCCGGCGGCUGCAAAAAUCAUUCAAGGUGCUCUACCUUCGGCUGCCGGUGGUGUCAACAACCAGUGGAAUACGCCAGUUCCAAACAAACUUCCCGGAGCUUGGGAUGACUCCGCUUCAUCAAUGAACACUCGGCCAGCGCUCGAUGACGGAUCCAGUGCAUUAUGGAACCAAGGUCCAUUGUCCCGUCAAAACUCCAAUAUAGCCAGUUGGAAGGAUAUGUCCGACAACGUGGUGCGCAAUCCCAUUCCACGUGCACCUCUUGGCGGUGGUGGUUCCGCUAAUUUACCUCUAGGCCCAGUAACUCGUGGUGUAAGGUUAGGAGGCAUGAAUCCCGGAAUGAAACCUGACACUAGCAUGUGGGGUCAGAAUCAAGGAUUGCCGUUAAACAACUCAUGGGAUGAGUGCAAUUCCAGCGGUUGGGAAGAUAAGGGACUGGGAAAUAAUGGACCCUGGAAUGACUUUGGGCAGAACGCGUUGUGGAACAAAAAUAAGCAAGGUGGAUGGCCGGAUCCGAAUGAUAUGAUUACCGGCGGAGGUGGUGCCGGCGGUGCUGGCACAGACUGGACUCUAAACAAGCCACCGAAUAAGAUGAGCCCUGCUGAAUUUAUUCGUAGCAGUAAACAGUAUCGAAUGCUGUGUGAAAAUGGUUUUAAAAAAGAAGAUGUCGAAUUUGCAUUGCGUUCCACUAAUAUGAAUUUUGACGAGUCGUUGGACAUUUUGCAACGGCACAACGCUUUAGGAGGAUUGGGAGACUGGAGACGUCCGGAGGAACAUCCAGGAAGUGCUUUCGAAGCACCGUAUCCCAACAGAUUUCCGGCAGGACCCGGAGCAGGAAUGCCGUUCUCACAGAAUCAAAAUUUGCUUAACAAUAUUCCCGGUGUGGGUGGAACCAAUCCGAAUCUAGCUGCACUCAACAAUUUAAAGUAUCUUUCCCAAGGCCCGUCGGUGCCUCAUUCUUCAUUCUCACAAGGGCCGAAUCCAAUGGCCUCGGCUGCAGCUGCUGCGGGAAAUCCGCAGAAUUCCCAAGCACAACCAUCCACUCAACAACUUAGAAUGCUCGUUCAACAGAUCCAGAUGGCAGUUCAUGCCGGCUUUCUCAAUCAUCAGAUAUUAAACCAACCGCUGGCUCCCCAAACUUUACUCUUACUGAACCAGUUGCUCAAUCACAUUAGACAAAUGCAACACAUUCAGAGUAACCUUGCUAGAAGUGGAGGAGCAACCGGAGUCAGUACAGUGCAGCUGACCAUGCAGAUUAAUAAACAUAAGGCACAGAUCUCGCAACUCCAAGCGCAGAUUUCGCAACAACAAGCAAUUUAUGUCAAGCAACAGCAACAACAGCAUCAACCUGGUGGUACACAUCAACCACCAGGAACACAGACAGCAAUAAAUCCUAUUCCUGGCGCUGCAGAAUUCCUGCGGCAACAGGAAUUGGCCUCGUUGCAAAGUAACUUCUCCGACAUGGCGUUGGGAAAAGACCCAGUAACCUCGUCCGGUAACUUUACCUCGCAUGUUGCAGCAGUCGCAGCCGCAGCCGCAGCCGUCGUCAAUAACAAUGUAGCGGCGAAUUCCGGAAUAGUUGCUGGCAACGCUGGAGUUACUAGUCAACAGUCUCGUCUGAACCAGUGGAAACUGCCAACGCUUGAUAAGGACGGUGGUGCUGGUGGCGCCAAUGAUCUCACCGAUUUCUCUCGUGCUCCGGGCACGACCGCCAAAUCGACACUCUCGACUGCGAGUCCCAAUAUUGGCUCUCUAGGGCUGCAGGAUGGAACCUGGUCAUCCGGGCGAUCCAAUCUGGCCGAUGGUUGGCCCGAUCAAGCAUCAGGUGUUGGUGAGUCCGACGGUAAAGAUUGGGCUCCGGCACAGGAUAAUUCUGCUUUUUCGGAUUUAGUACCAGAAUUCGAGCCUGGCAAACCAUGGAAGGGAGCACAGAUGAAGAUAGACGAGGAUCCAAGUAUUACACCGGGCAGUGUGGCACGUAGUCCCCUGUCGAUUGCCACUGCUAAGGAGGCAGAUUUGUUCGGUACUGCAAGCAAAACAUCGCCAACCGAAUCAAUGGGUUUGGCGCCAUCCACGUGGAGUUUUAAUCCCUCUCAACCGACGGCCGGAGCAGGUAAGUUGGUUGCCGGUGCUGGGAAAAAUCCAUGGCCCGAUAGUAUUUCGUCUACUGCGACAAGCACUAGCUCGGAUCUUUGGGGGACUCCGAUGGGAAAAGCUACACGUGGGCCUCCUCCCGGACUGGGAGCGAGCAAAAAUUCAGUCGCUGCUGCCAAUGGCUGGACCGGCGGUGGUGGUGGCGGUGGUGGACAACGUUCUGGAUCGGUGAAUAACUGGCCCAGUGGAAAUGGCUGGGGAUCUUCGUGGCUUUUGCUGAAAAAUCUUACUCCACAGAUUGACGGUGCCACCUUACGUACGCUAUGCAUGCAACAUGGGCCAUUGCAAAGCCUACAAUUGUAUCUGAACCAUGGGAUAGCACUUUGUAAGUACUCCACCCGCGAGGAGGCGAACAAGGCUCAGCUGGCACUGAACAACUGUCCGUUGGGCAACAACACUAUUGGAGCGGAUUGCCCUAGCGAUGCAGAGGUACAGACCUAUUUGCAGCAAUUGGGCGCUCCUACUGGCAGUGUGACCCUUGGUGGAGGUGUUGGUGGUGUUGGAGGGGGCGGUGUUAAUAGCAGCGGAAGUAUUGUUCCCUCGAGCAACAGUGGAAGUGUAACUAGCGUAGCUCAAUCUUGGCGUCAAGCUUCAAGAAGUGCUGGUGCGGAUGCUUGGGGUUCUGGUUGGCCGCCAUCCAGCAGUGGCAGUGGCAGUAACUUGUGGGCUCCGCUCGAAGGAUCAGCCGAACGUGGGACUCCUUCCAAUUUGAACUCGUUUUUGCCAGAAAGCUUACUCGGUACCGAACUAAACUAGAGUAGCUAGCCGCGCAUAGAAAUGGUCUCGAGCACUAACAAGGCGAUGAAAGUUUAUAACUUACUUAUUCUCUUUUGCUACAAGGUUGUGUUUUUACAUAUAUUUUUAAAAGAAUACUAUUUAUUGUUUUUCUUUUUGCUGAAAUAAAAUUACACAAGAAACGUUGUCAAAUAACGUUUUUUUCAAAUUCGUUUUUAUUGAUUGAACAGUGUUCGGAAUAAGUGGAAUGAGAUGCUUGUGUCGGUCGGUUCCAUGUUUUCAAAGGUGUACUGUUAUAUAGUUGAAUAUCCAAGUUGCGCGACCAGUUAUUUCGGGCUAACGCUACGAGUAGAAAAAUAAAACCACUAGGCGCAUUUUGUCAGAUUCGCAACGAACUGCGGAGCGCAUGAUCUUUUAUAGAUAACGAACGUUUUAACCUUCUUAGAGAGCAUCAGCUAAUAACAGUGAAAGCAGCAUACAAUUUGAGAUGAAUAAAUAAUAAUAAAAUAAGACAUAAAACCUAGUAUUAAAGGAUUUAAUAGCUGUCUAAGUCAGUUUUUUAAGAUAAGUAUAGUAGUGAUCAACAGCAGAGUUAUAGAAAUUUGAGGUAUAUAAAAAAAAUUUGAACUAUAUUUAUUAAUUUUAAUAUACAUCAAGGCAAGCAAAAACAUUAAAUUUACUGUAUAUGAGAAAUAUACAUGAAUGUUAUAACUGAAUAA